AUGGCGGGUAUAAAAGCGGAGGAGCUUAUUGAAACUGUCCGAAUGUUUCCAGCUCUCUAUGAUCAGGCACAAGAGCAAUAUAGAAACUCGGAGUACAAGGACAUUAUGUUGAAAAAAGUUGCGAAGAAACUAAAUCACCAAUGCAAUUGGGAAACUGCCACCUUUCCCAAAAUUCGAUUGCUAUUUCAUUCCACCUGUCCUCUGUCGGAGCUGGCAUUACUUCGUUUAAAAGUACUUCAAUUACAACUCUGCUUGUACGAUGAACAAUGGAACCAACUGUACUUCUUCCCAUUCUGUCAAGAGGAGGAAUGUAAAAAGAAGUGGAACGGAAUUCGUGACAGUCUGCGAAGAGCGAGACAAAAACGGAAAACCAAAUCUGGACAGGCGGCUAUAUCUUCAAAUAAAUACAAAUUUGAGACCAUUCUUGAAUUUCUGAUUCCUCACCUCGCCGAGCGGAAAGGUAUAGGUAACGUUCCUGAUGAAGCGGAAGAAAAUAAUGGAACCCAACCCACUGAUGACCCCCAAAUGCAGAACCUAAACAAUGAUAUAAAUGCAGAUAUAAAUGAGUAUGUCUCUGAUGGGACUGCAGAAUCCGAGUCGUUGCUACCACCUAGAACUCCAUCAGCUAGUCGAGUUUCUAUCGACAACAGGACUCCAUCUGCAAAACGCAAAAGAAAGCUCCCACAUACCGAAAUGAAACCUGGAGAAUCUGCAUCAUCUCAGCUAAUGGCAUAUUUAUUGGCUGAGAAAGAAGCUGAGAAGAAAAAAAAAACCUAG